GACAUGCAAAAAAUGUUGAAGUUUGGGAAAUGGAUUUAGCAGAUUUACAAAGUGUAAAAAACUUUGCUAAUAAAUUCAUCAAAGAAGUUGGAGAAUUACAUAUGUUAUUAAAUAAUGCAGGAGUAAUGUCUAGCAAUCAAGUUAUUAAAACAAAGGAUAACCUUGAAAUACAAUUUCAGGUCAACCAUUUAGCGCCAUUUUUACUUACUUCAUUGUUAUUGGAUACAAUUAAAA